AUGAUCAGUGAUGAAAAUAUGGAUAUCGUCGACAGAACUGAAAAUGAUGAGCCCAUGUAUGAUGCUGAUAUGGAACAUGAUAAUACCAUAGAGGAAUCAACUGCCAUAGAAGAAAUUGAAGAUGAAACCGCACCUUUGGAGUUUGACUUCAGCCAACCUCUCCCCACUCCCAGUACCAAUGAUGCAAAGAACCUGGAAUUUAUUCAAAUCGUCAAGGAGUUUGGCAUUUCUUGUAAUGCCCAUGAAAAGAUUGUCAGCCACUUCAACGAGAUUCUUGCUAGCUCUACAAGCACAUAUAGAGCAUGCACACCUUACCUCGGUCAAGAGCUUCUGAAGUGUUUCUCCAGAAUAGAGGAGAAGAAAUAUGACGUUUGCUGCAAUGGCUGUAUGUUGUUUGAUGCAAAUGAAACCGAGUGCUUGCAUUGCAGUGAAGAUCACUACAAGAGUGCCCAAGACAAUGCCACUGCCCUACGUACACUGGGGAGCUUCCAUGAUUUCCGUGAGGCAGACAAGUCCAGCCAAAGAGGACUUACAGGGCAAUCACCACUGGCAACAUUGGAUGCAUUCUCCGGGCCAUAUUUCUUCGCCUUGGAUGAAAUGCAUAGUAUCUGCCAUGGUGUAGCAAAACAGGUCUGGGGGCUCGUCACUGGCAAGUAUGGAAAAAAACAUCUGCUUGUUCUCUCUGUUGGAGUCCAGAAAGAGAUAGGUGCAGCAAUGGUAUCGACAAGGAAAACGAUCCCUACAUUGUUUCAUGGUGCUUGGAGAGACAUAUCAAAGAAUGCAGGAUACUUUAAGGCAGUAGACUGGGCAGACUUCCUUCUGUUCGUUGUUCUGACUCUAGUAGCAGAGCGGAUAAGAAAUAUAUCUGCACGGAAGACAUUGCUUGGCCUUGUACAAGUGUGCAAUUUACUCAUGAGCUGGGAGUUAUCAGCAGAGGAACAAGCCUCAAUAAAAAGAGAACUUGUUGAAUGGAACGUGUACCUUGAGACUCUGCUUGCCGAGGACAAGGUCGAUCUUAAGGUUGUCACCAUUAACCAGCACCUCUUACAACACUACCCAGAUAUGAUUGAAGCAUUUGGCCCGCCGAGAUCAGACAGUGCUAGAUUGGUAGAAAGAGCAAUUGGCGAGUACUCUAAUGCCAUUAAGAGUAACUCUGCCAUCAGAACCAACACUGGCAAUAUCAUGCUUGGCUUGGCACAGACCAGACAGGUAGAGCACACAAAGGCAUAUAUAGCAGCAAGACCGCGAGCAGCAAGACUUCUUGCAUAUGAAGAUUCCUCUGCUGGUUGGCCAAUGAUGGGUGAAGACUUUUAUGAAUCAAAGGGGGAAGAGUGUAGCAUGAUUGAAGCAGCUAUACAAACUAGCUGCAAGGCAUUUGUCAAUGGUUGUGUGAUUGACUCUGCGUUCGACCAAAAUUGUGUAAGAGAGGCACAUAACAUCAGAUUACAGAUUCAGGUUGAUGAGAACCGCAACAUUGGGCAGAACUACUCUCCAAUCUAUAAGGAUUUCUUUGGGAAGGUUGUCGUUUUCUUUGAGCACAAGCUCAACAACAAGAGGUGGCCACUUGCUCUUGUCCAGGUAUAUGCUAUCCAUGAAACAAAUGGAAUUCCUGUUGUGACAAAUGUACCUGCGAAGCCAAAGGUUGUUCAUCUGGCUGAUGUAAAAGAGCUGGUUAGCUUGAUGGUAUCUACAGCCACUAAUGGAUGUUAUCAGUUGCAAUCUACAUCUACUAAAAAUACCGAAAAGAAAGUCACAAAUUCGAAAAUCCCAAGUUUUUUCCCAUAG